GCCGCUUCUCUCCCCACUUAAGGCGGCGCUGCGCCGCGCGGGGCGGGCGGCGGCGGGAUGGAGGCGGCGCGGGGCUGCGUGGGGUCGCUGGCGCGGUCUUUGGUAUCCAUGGGAGCAUCUGUGGGAGCAGUAACAAAACAGACCCUCUUCCCACCUCUCAUGCCUGCAGGGCGACCUUUCCGUGUGUCCAAUGCCUCCCGAAGCAGCCGGAAAGGAAUUGUUGCAAGCAGUCUGCAAGAGCUCAUCAGCAAGACUUUAGAUGCCUUCCUUAUAUCUGCUGGAAUAGUUACUCUGGUUUUGGAGGAAGAUGGCACAGUUGUGGACACAGAAGAGUUCUUCAAUUCCCUGGAUGAUAAUACACACUUCAUGGUUCUUGAAAAAGGGCAGAAAUGGACACAAACAAGAAAUGGAGUUGCCACUGUGAGACAAAAGAAGAAAAUGGGAGUAGCCAACAUCACAUUUGAUCUGUACAAGCUGAACCCGAAGGAUUUUAUUGGCUGCUUAAACAUCAAGGCGACCUUCUAUGAGAUCUACUCUGUCUCGUAUGACAUCAAAUGUAUGGGAGCAAAAAGCAUAUUGCGGAAGGUGCUUCAGCUAAUAUCCCAUGCAGCACAAAUAACUGGACAGUUUCUUCUCUGUACUGGAACAUAUAUGUUGCAGUUGCUGGGUGAAUAUGAUGAUGAUGCCAGGUGUACAAGACCAAAGCGGGACUAGUGAGCACAGCUGCACUUCUGAUAUUGGAUCCUUUUGCUUAAAGACAUUGUCUUGCCCAGUCUUGAUUGUAAUGGUGUUAGACUAGGGGGAAGUCCACUGAUGUGAACAAACAUGUUUUCCAUUUAGGAAUGCUUAUACACCUUAGUCAUUAAGUAUUUGGUGUUCACAGGCUUUUAACACGGCAAGAGGAUGGGUGCUUAGUGUCUGAGAAUUGGGCAAAAAGAGAGAGGGCAGUUUCUUCCCCUAGCAACUCAAAAUGGAGAAUAAGUAUACUUGUAAACUUGCACGCUUUGUAACCAGUGGAGUAUUUCUUUCACCCAUCAGAACAUAGCUUGUUUGGGCUUUUUUCAUGGCUAUCUAUUUGCUUUCCAAACAGACUGGGCUGUAGGGCAGGGCAGGGGGAAGUCUGUUUUUUUGGGCUUAAUCCUUAACAGUGCUGCUAUUAGUGUCCAACUGGCAUUGAGGUACAAAAGGGUAAUGUGUACUUAUUUAUUCCUGCUAACAAUGAAACUACACAAUAAAACUGAAUCCUGGUUCAGCGACUGAUGACUACACAUGAAGUCUAAUUGGAGAAAAUCCAACUAAGCAGAAGCUUAAAAUUUAGCCUUAUUUCCCUUAAAACAAGUAAAAACAUUUCAUUAGAACUCUAUUUUUCUUCAAAUGUACAGAAGGUUCAGGUUAAUAUAGCUUAUACCAGUUGAAGAACCUGAUGUAUUUCUUGAAUGGGUUUGAUAUCCAGUUCUGCCUGAAGUAUGGAAUGAUUUGCUAUAGUUUCAUGAAAACGGCUUACAAGCAAAACCAUCACUUCUGUAGGCUUUACUGUUUGGCUUCAAGAUGACACUAUGUCCUUGGUUGUACUACAGGUACAUCUAAGAUGAUGGAUUUUGCUGCCCUUGUGGUCAGAGGAGAGGAGCAGGAUACUGUCUAGUCUUGCAUAACAUACAUAUGCUCUAAACUGGAUGUUUGUGGGUUUAUAGUCUCCAAAGACAAGCUGUAUUAAAGGACAAAGAUGUUAAUCCUUAAGUACAUUUGUCCAUAAUGUCUUCUACAGUAUAGUGAACUGCUAGUAUGAUGAGCUUCCAGCAAACUUUUCCUCAACUGUGCAGAAAACUGGAAAACGAGCAGUGUGUUAGGCUUCUUGUGUCAAAGUAGAAACUCCCUUUGGAGAGAAAAAGCCCAACUUUGGCUGUUCGUAGGUUGGCUUUUAAGGCUUUCAUUUGCUCACUUAUGAAGAAUUUUAGUAAGUUGUUGUAUAGAGUUUGACUGAAAGCUGUUAAGGAGACAGCAGAUACAGGUAAAUGUGUCUGACCUGAUGGUAGGUGCCACCUAGGAAGGGAAGCUCUGGUGACAGAGUGAACAAGUGAGGCAGGGG